CUGAUGCGCAGUGCAUUAACCGGCCGAGCGAUAUUUAUAAAUUAUUUUUAUGCGUACAUAUUUCGCUGCAUAAGUAUCUUCCGUGAUGGAAACAUUUCUCGGGAGGAAUGUAGUGUAUACGGCUGCUGGAUUAUCGGCGGUUGUAGGAACAAGCAUUUACUUAUUGAAGAGAUUAAAAAGCAUGGAUGUAGUACAAAAAGAAAGAAUCUGUGGCAUAGAUUACCCCGAAAAUGUUGUUAUUGUACAUACAUUCGGCAGAGGAAAGAAAGGCCCAGAUAUAAGCCAUUUUGUUGUGAAGCUAGAGACGUACCUGAGAGUAAACAAGAUACCGUAUCAGUGUGACUUCACUGUGAACAACCAUUUGCUUGGUCCAAAGAAGAAAUCUCCUUGGAUCGAGUACAACGGAACAACAAUGGGUGAUUCCCAGCUGAUUAUCGAAUUCCUAAACAAAGAAUUCAAGGUGGACAUGAACAGUGAUCUCUCCAAACAGGAGAAAGCCCUUGCCUGGGCAAUACAGAAAUGGAUAGAGGAGUUCAUAUAUUGGUUAAAUGUACACACAAGAUGGAUUCUUUUGUGUGACGAAAUGUAUCAAGAGGGCUUUUCACCUUUUCCUAUGGAGCAGAAGUCUUUUCUUAACAAGCGGUUCAGUGGAAUGACUUACACUGUUGGAAUCGGCCGCCACAGUAAGAGCGAAGUACAGGACAUGAUAGUGGACAACUUACGACAUUUUUCAGACAUUUUAGGUAAUAAAGAAUAUAUUAUGGGUGACAAGAUGUCUGUAGUAGAUUGUGCUGCUUUUGGAAUUCUUUCACAAAUGAGAUGGCAGACACCAUCCGCUUGCCCGGGGACAAAGCUCUUUCAAGGAGGGGAAAUAUCCAAUGUAAAUCAUUAUCUGGAGAGAAUCAGAGACCAAUAUUGGCCGGACUUUGACUCACCAAUACAUUAGGUGCUGCACAGCAACAACAGGAUGUGGAUACAUCACUGUAUAUAUUUCAUAUACCACUUGAACUCAUGUUUUAUGCCUUUUGUUCAAUAAAUAACUAGCUAUCUAUAAUGUUAUAUCGGCCGCAAACGCAGUGUAUUGACUUUAACUUUAGAAGUUACCUUUUACACAGUGAAUAGCAUGCACAGGACAUGUUGCUUACUUACUUUCAAUUCUUAAAACCAGUAGCAUCUAAAAAUAAUUACAUUAAAAUAAGUGAAAAAUUAAAAAUUCCAAGCCUGGUAAAGAAUGCUCGUUUAAUCAAAUUAAAGUUUUUCCACGAUAAGUCAUUAAUUAAGUAUACACUUUCUAAGAUUUCUAACACAUCACUUCGAGUAUAAAUUAUGGAGAUCGAAAGUGUAUGCUAGUGGUUGGAGAAACCUGCUGUGUAUAAGACUUAUUUAUAUCUUGAAAAUUCGCAACAUAAAAGAGUUUCUUUUGAUAACUUGCGCAGUUACAUAUCGCGGGCUAUAUCCUCAAUUGAUUUAAGAUUUUAUUGAAAGCCUUGGCCUCAGAGGCAUCGGGCCCAAAACAGCAUAACAAUUAACACAAAUGGCAAGACAUGUCAAAUUAAAAGAUCAUAGAAACAUAUACAAUAUACAUGAACGUCUGAGCCAACUUAACAACAGUUUUUGAGUUAAAUGUAAUCCUUGUUGAUAAUUUUGAAGAGAACUAAUUAGUUUUUUCAUGUGUUAACAAAAAACCUUUUUUACUUUUUCAAAAAACUACAAUUUUAGUUUUAGAAUUGUUAACUGGCAAAUGCCAUAAAUUACAGUAAUCUGACAUUGCAUCAAGUGCUUUUUGAAGUUCUGCAGCCGACUCUGAAAACAUUACAGUGUCAUCUGCAUAUAAAAGAAUAUAUAACUUGAAAUACCCUUCUAGAUCCGAAUCGCUCAAUGUUUGUUUUACAAUGAAAUGUGUCAUGAUGCUUUACUGUUAAUUGCUCAUUCAGUAUAUUGGCAUCUUGCACAAUGACAUAAUUAUGUCUUUGAAAUUUACAACUUGCGCAUUCCAAACAUAAGAAAGUGUCUCUUAACUACUUGCUCAGUGACAUACCACUUUGUGUUUGACUCACUUAAUUAUGCUUCUCUUAUUUGUUUCGCUUUAUUGCUUUAUUGCCUGCUCAUUUGCUACACAGCUAUGAGUUUUUGACAAGAUGGAUUUACUUUUGACUCACUCGUAACAAGUUUCUAUUUCAUGUUUUGCUGAGUUUUGGGUCGAACCUCAGUUACUUGUCACCAUUUCUGCAUACAUUUAUGCAGAAUACUUUUACAUUUUUAGUGUUGUUUAAUAAUGAUGAUGGAUACGGAAGACAACUAUAUACUCCGGAUGCUGUUUGUUUUUUCGAAAAAAAUAAAGUGAUUUAACAAAUUAAAUACGAAUAAAGUAAUAUAAAUAAAAAAACGUUUAAAAUAAACUAUAUGAAUAAGUCCAUCAGAUAAUAAAGGUAAAAAUACAUACAAAAAGCAAAAAAGGAUUAUGGACGCUAACGACUGCAUUUAACUGAAGUAACAAAUGACUUUUUGAUAUAGAAAAAGAACUCUAUAAGACUGGAAUCAACAAGGAUCAGUUUGAUCUUUCCGAUGUAAUUUCUUGCUGUAAUUAUCCACAUCAAUUCCUUCUUUCUUUCUUUCUUGUUCUUCAGCUAAGCAAUAUUCUAUUGUCUAUCCUAAGUAAUACAAAAAUGUGUAUUUUAAACUUCAUGGAAUAAAAAGCAACGUAGCACAUUU